CGAGGAGUGAUGGCGGAGAAACAGAAACACGAUGGACGGGUGAAGAUCGGCCAUUAUAUCCUGGGAGACACUCUGGGGGUUGGCACUUUUGGAAAAGUGAAGAGUUAAGUGUGUGUCCUCAGAUCCGAGGCAGAUCCCGUGGGAGAGCAUCAGCUAACAGGACAUAAGGUUGCAGUUAAAAUCCUGAACAGGCAGAAGAUUCGCAAUUUAGAUGUGGUUGGAAAAAUCAAACGGGAAAUUCAAAAUUUGAAACUCUUCCGCCACCCUCACAUUAUCAAACUGUUCUCUUCAAUCUAAUUUUCUUGCAGAAGGAAAAGUGUAGAACUGCAUCAUGCUAUAGGUACCAGGUGAUCAGCACUCCAACUGACUUCUUCAUGGUGAUGGAAUAUGUGCCAGGUGGUGAGCUUUUUGACUACAUCUGUAAACAUGGAAGGGUGGAGGAAGCAGAAGCUUGCCGUCUCUUUCAGCAGAUUAUUUCAGCUGUUGAUUAUUGUCACAGACACAUGGUGGUUCAUCGUGAUUUGAAGCCAGAGAAUGUUCUCCUUGAUGCACAAAUGAAUGCCAAGAUAGCUGACUUUGGUCUGUCUAACAUGAUGGCUGAUGGGGAGUUUUUACGCACUAGCUGUGGCUCACCAAAUUAUGCUGCUCCAGAGGUUAUCUCAGGCAGGUUGUACGCAGGCCCAGAGGUAGAUUUCUGGAGUUGUGGAGUGAUUCUUUAUGCCUUGCUGUGUGGGACUCUGCCUUUUGAUGAUGAGCAUGUGCCAACACUGUUCAAAAAGAUCCGUGGUGGCGUAUUUUAUAUUCCUGAGUAUCUGAACCGCUCAGUUGCUAAUCUUCUCAUGCAUAUGCUGCAGGUUGACCCACUGAAAAGAGCAACUAUUAAAGACAUCAGGGAACACGAGUGGUUUAAACAGGAUUUGCCAACUUAUCUGUUCCCAGAGGAUCCUGCUUAUGAUUCCAAUGUCAUAGAUGAAGAUGCAGUGAAAGAAGUAUGUGAAAAGUUUGAAUCUACCGAGUCCGAAGUUAUGAACAGUCUAUACAGUGGUGAUCCACAGGAUCAGCUUGCUGUAGCUUACCACCUCAUUAUUGACAAUCGUAGAAUUAUGAAUCAAGCCAGUGAGUUUUACCUGGCAUCCAGCCCCCCAACAGGUUCGUUUAUGGAUGAUAAUGGGUUGCAUAUUCCACCCGGUGUCAAAGCGCAUCCUGAGCGCAUGCCUCCUCUGAUGGCAGACAGCCCAAAGGCACGCUGUCCACUUGAUGCACUCAACACUACCAAACCCAAACCAAUGGCAUUGAAAAAAGCAAAAUGGCAUCUGGGCAUUCGCAGUCAAAGUAAACCAUAUGAUAUUAUGGCAGAAGUCUACAGAGCCAUGCGACAGCUGGAUUAUGAAUGGAAGGUGGUGAAUCCCUACCAUCUGCGUGUGCGUAGAAAGAAUCCAGUGACUGGGAAUAAUGUGAAGAUGAGCUUACAGCUGUAUCAAGUUGACAAUCGUAGCUAUCUGCUAGAUUUCAUGAGCAUUGAUGAUGAUAUUAUGGAGCAAAAAUCAGGCUCUUCCACUCCCAAGCGUUCAGGAUCAGCUGCUCUGCUGUACAGGCCAAGACUGAGUACCGAUGCCACAGCUACUGACAGCCAGCCUUUGACUCUCGUUGGAUCACUCCCCAGCUCUCUGACUGGAUGUUUGAGCUCUAUGACUCCACGAAAUGGGAGCCACACAAUGGAUUUCUUUGAGAUGUGCGCUUGCCUUAUUACUACACUGGCUCGUUGACAGAAUAAAAGCAACCUCCUGUUAAUUCACAGAGCGUCAGCUCUUUAACCCAUAACAAUUUUGCAAGAAAAUGCCCUUUCCAGUUUGUGUGUCUUGUACUUUAGCACUGGUUAUAGACCAUUCCAGUUUGCAGCUGGUGCUUUUGUUACUUUGGUAUACUGGAGGCUGAAGGGUAACAUUUGUGCAUUGCUGUUUAGAAACUCUGCAGUAAUAUUGUGGAGCUUUAUUAUUGCAUCUCGGUUUGACAGCCAAAUUCAUGGUAUUAUACGGGUUUACAAAUACAACUGGAAUGGUGUAGAAAAGCAAACAUUUUUCUUUUAAAGCAGUGAUGUAUAACAAAAUGUUAGGUAGUGGAAAAAUUAAAGGACAGGUUAAGCAUGUUUAAAAGACUCAGCGUGUGGUCAGGAUUGUUCAUGUGAUGUGUUAGUGGAGUGGACGAUUGUGGCAGUUCAUUCUUCAGCCACAUUGUGAGUAGAUUGCGAGGCUUAUUUCUAUUCAGGUUAGUUGUAGCUAGAAAGCUGUAACAUUAAAAUUCUAGCAUAUAAUAAAAUGAGGUAAAUUAGAUUGAAAUUAAAUUUAAAUGGCUAAUUUGAAAUCCUCAAAUUACAUUGUAUACAAUUGUUAAGGUUUGUUUUACUGCAGUUUUGUUUUAUUGAUGAUGGGAAUUAAGUUUACUUGUGUGGAACUGCAAGCAUAACCAUGGUUCUGUGCACAAACAAGAUUAGCCUGGAGAAUGGUCUUUGAAACGCUCCUUUAGAAAUAUAUCCCAGCUCACAUGAAUAUUUUUCUGCAGUGUAUCUUUCACUUGACUUAGUAAAGUCAACAGCAUGUACAACUAGAUUGGUGGAGCUUGGACUGAAUAAGGAGUUUUAUUUAAAUAUAUUUUAUUUAAAUGUACUUUACCUUUUAUGGUACAAACUGAGAGAUGAGAUAUUAAACACUAUCACAUAAAUAUUAAGUAGUUUAUCGAUAGCAUUUAACAAAGAUUCCCAAGUCCUUUAAUAAUAAUUAUGAUUAACGUUACCAUCCAUUUUGUAAAAAUGUUUUAUUUACUAGUGGAUCUCUGUUUCUCACUAAGUCAGAUGUGCUUUUUUAUAAGGUCUGCCAGCUCGAAAAUUGAUGUUUAAAAAGCAAGUAAAUUUAAGGUUAGAUUAUAAUUUUCUUCUUCAAAAUGGGAGAGUACUUUGAAUUAAUACUUCACUGAAACUUUCCUUCCCUUCCAGAGGAUUUUUAUUUUCGAGUGGCUGGCCUGCUGUACAUUUCCUCUAUUUUCAGUUUUUAUUUCAGCCUCGCAACAUUCACUGUUUCUUUGUAUCCCUGACCAUUAUUGUAUUUCUGCUAAGCAUUUAAUUCUCUUUGAGGCUUAAUGAGUCCAGCUAAUUGGUAGUAUCGGUGCUCAAGAUUUUAAUUGAUUGAAAAGAAAAGGAUGCUGAUUAUAAUUCUCUGCAACUAUUUGAUUUUUAAAAAGAGUCCUGAUGGUGAGGUUACCUCUUUAAUCUAGUGAACGUAAGUGAUACAUAUGUAUGUGAUAUUGUAUAUGUUACAAGAAUUUGCAAUAAUUCUGAACAUAAAUAUCCAUGCACUUUCUAGCAUGCUCCCCAUUAAAUUGGUACUUAGGCCAGGACUCCAGAUGCACCAUUCCCAGGCUCCAUCAUUACUUUUAUUUAUUUUGCUGGGGGGAGGUGGGUGUGGAAUCUUUUUCUGUAACGGAUGUGAUUGCACUGGAGGGGGUGCAGAGGAGAUUCACCAGGAUGUUGCCUGGCAUGAAACAU